GUCACUUCAGCACCGUCGAGGAGGAACAGCUCCUUCCGCUCGACUAAUGAAGCCCAAAUCCGCGAUCAGCAGUCCAGCCGACGCGAUCCGGUGAAAACACGCCGAGCCCGGGGAGCAGCAGCGCUCGGUGAGCGAGGAGAACGCGUUUACCGCGGAGCCGCGAGGACCACAGCGGAUCCACCCGUCUCCUGACACCGCGCCAGCAGCAGCAUCCUCCGGAGAUACGGUGUGUUGACGAGCAGCGCUGCUACAGAUCGAGUGGUGAGGGCCACUUUUCUUAAGGGUGGGUAACGCAGUGGGCUACCCUCACCCCUUCUGCCCCCAUGGCUUGUGUCCAUGAGCAACAUGCCCCUUCCCCGUCCCUCUCAGGGUUCAGCACCCCGCUCUCCGAACCCCACUUCUGUCGGCCCGAUUCGGAGGUGCCGGCAAGCACGCCAGACACCGAACUCACCCCGACCCAGUGUGUGCUCCGUAACGUGCUCUCCAUCGACCCGGUGGGGGGCGGCAGUGGCACUCACAGCAACAGCCCCACCCUGAGCGACGAGCCCACCAACUUCUCCAACAGCGUGCUCAAGCUGCAGGAGGGCGGGGCCGAGGGCGGAGCCGUGCGCAACCAGUCCGACAGCUUCCGGCUGCAGGCGGGUGGAGGAGGCUUUCUGGAAGGCUUGUUUGGAUGCCUCAAGCCAGUGUGGACGAUGAUUGGGAAAGCCUACUCGACAGAGCACAAGCAGAGCCAGGAGGACUCCUGGGAGGUGCCGUUCGAGGAGAUCUCCGAGCUGCAGUGGGUCGGCAGCGGGGCGCAGGGAGCUGUUUUCCUGGGCAAGUUUCAUGGUGAGGAGGUGGCUGUGAAGAAAGUCCGAGACAUCAAGGAGACUGAGAUCAAACAUCUGCGCAAGCUCAAACACCCCAACAUCAUUACCUUCAAGGGCGUGUGCACGCAGGCUCCGUGUUACUGCAUCAUCAUGGAGUACUGCGCGCAAGGCCAGCUCUACGAGGUGCUGAGGGCCGGCAGGAAGAUCAUGCCAUCCCUGCUGGUGGACUGGGCCAUGGGCAUCGCAGGUGGCAUGAACUACCUCCACCUGCACAAGAUCAUCCACAGAGAUCUCAAAUCACCCAAUAUGCUGAUCACACACGACGACCUGGUGAAGAUCUCAGACUUCGGCACGUCUAAGGAGCUCAGAGACAAGAGCACCAAGAUGUCGUUUGCAGGCACUGUGGCCUGGAUGGCGCCCGAGGUGAUUCGGAACGAGCCUGUGUCUGAAAAAGUGGACAUCUGGUCGUUCGGUGUGGUGCUGUGGGAGAUGCUGACCGGUGAGAUCCCGUAUAAAGACGUGGACUCCUCCGCUAUCAUAUGGGGCGUGGGAAACAACAGCCUGCAGCUUCCUCUUCCUGAAAGCUGCCCUGAUGGCUUCAAAAUCCUGCUCAGACAGUGCUGGAACUGCAAACCCAGGAGCAGGCCGUCGUUCAGGCAGAUUCUGCUGCAUCUGGACAUCGCGUCUGCAGACGUGCUCUCCACUCCGCAGGAGACCUACUUCAGAUCUCAGGCCGAGUGGCGUGAGGAGGUCAAGCAACACUUUGAGAAGAUCAAGUCAGAGGGCACGUGUCUUCACCGUCUGGAUGAAGAGCUGAUCAACCGGCGACGAGAGGAACUCAGGCAUGCUCUUGACAUCAGAGAACACUACGAGAGAAAGCUGGAGAGAGCCAACAAUCUGUACAUGGAGCUCAACGCCGUGAUGCUGCAGCUGGAGCUCAAAGAGAAAGAGCUGCUCAGGAGGGAACAGUGUCUGGAUAAGAAAUAUCCUGGUCUCUUCAAACAUCACCCCUCAAACACAGUGGACAAACUCAUCAAGAAGAGAAGCGUCCCUCAGAAACUGCCUCCUCAUGGCAAGAGACCUGACCUCCUGAGAUCAGAGAUCAUUCUCCCCAAGAUGGACGCUGGCGUAAUGCAGGUAACUGUCCCGCCAUGUGCAAACCGAGGACCUACCUCACCUAACCGGGCCCGCAGGGUGAAAACUCGUCACCGGAGGAGCGGCAAGGGAAGCAGCGGGGAUCUGUCAGGGCCUAAGCACCCUUCUGCCCCUGCUAACCGAGAAAGAGAGCCCCCGCUGCCCAACACAACGAUGCCCGCACCGCCCCUCACUGAAACUGCUUCAGGGGCCGCGAUGAGGGAGGGCCAGCUGGAGCCGCCCCCGCUGAAACUGUCCUCGUCCAGCCCAGAUCUGCUCUGCUCCACCCACCGCGCUGAAGACGGAGUCAGUGGAGCUGCCACGACCGAAGCCCUGGGCAGAGAGCCCGGCGGUGAAGCUGAAGCGGGGGCCGGUCUGGAUGAGACUCCACCCAGAAGCGACACGGCGAGUGAGGACGCCGCUUCACUGCCGUUCUCCAGCAGCCCUGAUUCUCCCUGCUGUGGCAGAAGUGGAGCGGUGGGCAGAACUCAUGUAGGAGAGGAGAGAGAAGAGGGAAGCGGGGCGGUGCGAUUACCCAGAGGAUCCAGCGGCAGUCAUCUGACUCCAUCAGCCAUACUGUAUCGAGCUGCUAUCACACGCAAACAGGUUGGAGACACGGUACAUGCUGCAUCUGUUGUUGUCUCACUGGACAAAGACUUUGAACUCAAGGCAUUUGUUGGAGGCUCAGAACGUGGUCAUAUCUGUUGUUACCUCAAAACCUGGAGACUCUAA